GCCUUGUGGCCAGGCCUUUGAGAUUUCAAAAUGGCGGCCGGAGGAAGGGCUUGUUUGAGGAGAAUCUCCAGUCUCCUGCCUAGUCCCUUGGCUGGUCAGCAUCAGAAGGCGGUUUGCCGGUCUUGGAGUGUUAUCCAACUUUUGCGUUAUAGCGCAACGACACAGAGAAGCUUGGCAACCAAAGCUAGACCUCAGAUCUAUUCGUCAGAUGAUGCCAAGUUCAGUCAGAAGCCAAUAAUUCAUGUCAACGCCACCUACAAUAACACCUUACUCACUUUGACAGACCAUAAAGGCAACACUUUGGCGUGGUCAUCAGCUGGCUCAGAGGGAUACAAGAACUCCAAGAGAGGUAGCAGCGUUGCCGCGCAACAAGCAGCUUUGUCCCUAGUCAAGAAAGCAACAGACUUUGGAGUGUCAAAUGUCAGAGUCAAGGUGAAAGGUGUUGGCCAAGGAAAACAGUCAUCUCUGCGAGCUCUCCAGACUGGCGGUCUCAAGGUUGUAUCAAUCACAGAUGUAACACCCAUUCCCCAUAACGGGUGUCGACCAAAGAAAGCAAGACGGAUAUAAAUUAGACCCAACUUUCUUGAGGCAAUGCAGAUGAUAAAUAAAAACACAUUUAUUAUGUACUGUACUGCAUAUGGUUUUAACGAUGUCAGCAAAGUUGUAGAAUUUGUAUCGUUACAACAAUGAUCUGUAACAAAUAACAUCUGACCUGAUAACAGUUAUCCAUGGAUAAAAGUGAACUGGAUUUUUUGUGUGGCUGUGUUGGAGUGGCUGGAAAAUUUUUGGUUAGAAAUAAAGUGUCUGUCGAGA